GUGGAACAGGUAGUGAGCAGGUUGAAGAAGAGGCUGCCGCUGCGUCCGUACAGGUAUGGAACGUGUGUAGAGGUUGAGAAGAGUCUGCCGCUGCGCUCGUACAGGUAGGAAACAGGUUGUAGAGGUGAGAAGAUCUGCCCUGCCUCUGUCAGGUAGGAACAGGUCGUGUAGAGUUGAAGAAAGUCAUGACCUGCGCUCUGUACAGGUAGGAAGGUAGGUAGAGGUUGAAGAAGAGUCUGCUGUGCUCUGUACGGUAGGAACAGGUAGGUGAGGUGAGAAGAGCUGCCGCUGCGCUCUGUCCCAGGUAGGAACAGGGUGUAGGUAAAGAAGGUCUGCCGCUGCCUCUUACAGUAAACGGUAGUGCAGCAGUUGAAGAAGAGCUGCCGCUGCGCCUGUACAGGUAGGAACAGGUAGUGUAGAGGUUGAAGAAGAGCUGCCGCUGCGCUCCGUACAGGUAGGAACAGGUAGUGUAGAGGUUGAAAGAAGAGUCUGCCGCUGCGCUCCGUACAGGUAGGAACAGGUAGUGUAGAGGUUGGAAGAAGAGUCUGCCGCUGCGCUCUGUACAGGUAGGAACAGGUAGUGUAGAGGUUGAAGAAGAGUCUGCCGCUGCGCUCUGUACAGGUAGGAACAGGUAGUGUAGAGGUUGAAGAAGAGUCUGCCGCUGCGCUCUGUACAGGUAGGAACAGGUAGUGUAGAGGUUGAAGAAGAGUCUGCCGCUGCGCUCUGUACAGGUAGGAACAGGUAGUGUAGAGGUUGAAGAAGAGUCUGCCGCUGCGCUCCGUACAGGUAGGAACAGGUAGUGUAGAGGUUAAAGAAGAGUCUGCCGCUGCGCUCCGUACAGGUAGGAACAGGUAGUGUAGAGGUUGAAGAAGAGUCUGCCGCUGCGCUCUGUACAGGUAGGAACAGGUAGUGUAGAGGUUGAAGAAGAGUCUGCCGCUGCGCUCUGUACAGGUAGGAACAGGUAGUGUAGAGGUUGAAGUAAGAGUCUGGCCGCUGCGCUCUGUACAGGUCCUAGGAAACAGGUAGUGUAGAUGGGUUGAAGAAGGGUCUGCCGCUGCGCUCCGUACAGUAUGAACGGUAGUGUGAGAGGUGAAGAAGAGUCUUGCCGCUGCGCUCUGUACAGGUUAGGAACAGGUAGUUUAGAGGUGAAGAAGAGUCUGCCGCUGCGCUCCGUACAGGUAGGAACAGGUAGUGUAGAGUGAGAAGAGGUUGCCGCUGCGCUCUGUACAGGUAGGCACAGGUAGUGUAGAAGUUGAAGAGAGGCGCCGCUGCGCUCUGUACAGUAGGAACAGGUAGUGUAGAGGUUCAGAAGAGGCGCCGCUGCGCUUGUACAGGUAGGAAACAGGUAGUGUAGAGGUGGGUUGACGAAGAGUCUGCCGCUGCCGCUCCGUACAGGUAUGAACAGGUAGUGUAAAGCGGUUGAAAGCGUCUGCCGUUGCGCUCUGUACAGUGGAACAGGUAGUGUAGAGGUGAAGAAGAGGACUGCCGCUGCGAUCUGUACAGGUAGGAACAGGUAGUGUAGAGGUUGAAGAAGAGUCUGCCGCUGCGCUCUGUACAGGUAGGAGGGCUGAAUCAAGCUGCACACCUCCCCAAUGGCACUCUGUUCCCUAUGUAGUGCACUACUUUUGACCAGAGCCCUAGGGAAUAGGGUGCAAUUUGGGAUGUACAGAAAGACAGAGCCCUAGGGAAUAGGGUGCAAUUUGGGAUGCACAGAAAGACAUCAUCCUAGAUAACAUCUCCUGCCAUUGGGCCCUUGAGCAAAGCAACUAACCCCUACAACUGCUCUCUGUCCAGGGUGUGUGUGUCUGAGUUUACAAAACAUUAAGAACACCUUCCCCCCCCCUUUGCCCUCAGAACAGCCUCAAUUCGUCAGGGCAUGGACUCUAAAGCGUUCCACAGUGAUGCUGACCCAUGUUGUGUCAAGUUGGCUGGAUGUCUUUUGGGUAGUGGACCAUUCUUGAUACACACAGGAAACUGUUGUGUGAAAAACCCAGCAGCGUUGUAGUUAUUGACACAAACCAGUGCGCCUGGCACCUACUACCAUGCCCAUUCACCCUCUGAAUGGCACACAUACACAAUCCAUGUGGUCCUCUGUAGCUCAAUUGGUAGAGCAUGGCGCUUGUAACGUCAGGGUAGUGGGUUCGAUCCCCGGGACCAUCCAUACGUAAAAAUGUAUGCACACAUGACUAAGUCGCUUUGGAUAAAAGCGUCUGCUAAAUGGCAUAUUAUUAUGUCUCAAGGCUUAAAAAACAUUCUCUGCCCUGUCUCCUCCCCUUCAUCUACACUGAUUUUGAAGUGGAUUUAACAAGUGACAUCAAUAAGGGAUCAUAGCCUUAACCUGGUUUCAGCUGGUAGGUAUGUCAUGGAAAGCGCAAGUGUUCCUAAUGUUUUGUUGCCAGUGUGUGUCGGGGGGGGGGGGCUAAGGUAAUGAUCCUCUCGUCCAGAUCGAUAACGGCCCAGUAAAGUGGUGUAUUGUUCCUCCAGACCAACUCCCUGCCAGACCCUGAGCCGACCCCUGACCCCACCUGGGAGAGUCUGCAGGCCAAUCAGAAGACCGGCGCUGUCUGCCAGCUCACACGCAGCGCACGCAGCCACAUCGGGGGAGUGUACCAGGUAGGAGACAACCUACAGUUGGAAGUCGGAAAGUUUACAUACACCUUAGCCAAAUACAUUUAAACUCAGUUUUUCACAAUUCCUGACAUUUAAUCCUAGUAAAAAUUCCCUGUCUUAGGUCAGUUAGGAUCACCACUUUUUUAUUUUAAGAAUGUGAAAUGUCAGAAUAAUAGUAGAGAGAACGAUUUAUUUCAGUUUUUAUUUCUUUCGUCACAUCAGAAGUUUACAUACACUCAGUUAGUAAUGAGGUCAAUUAGCCUAUCAGAAUCUUCUAAAGCCAUGACAUCAUUUUCUGGAAUUUUCUAAGCUGUUUAAAGGCACAGUCAACUUAGUGUAUGUAAACUUCUGACCCACUGGAAUUGUGAUACAGUGAAAUAAUCUGUCUGUAAACAAUUGUUGGAAAAAUUACUUGUGUGAUGCACAAAGUAGAUGUCCUAACCGACUUGCCAAAACUAUAGUUUGUUAACAAGACAUUUGUGGAGUGGUUGAAAAACGAGUUUUAAUGACUCCAACCUAAGUGUAUGUAAACUUCCGACUUCAACUGUAUAUGUGAUAAAGUGAAAAUCUGAGGCCAGCAACUGACCCUAACCCGCAAAUAUAGAAAAUGCUCUGUAGGUUAUAGUCAGAUCUGGCGGAACGAUUUCUUUGACAGGGAGUGCUUAAAAUUUCCGACAUCUUAGUAGGCUAUUUGUUAGUCAAACUUGUCUAUAAUUAGAUAGAUGCAGCUUUUCUUCUGUCAUUAUAUGUUGCCCUAGAAGACUCAGUAAACCCUUGCUCACCAGAAUUUCAUAAAUCAAUAGAAUGAAUGCUUCUAGUUGACAUCGGUAAAGUUCUGUCAUUUCUGCUUCUUUAGAAGAGCAAAGACGUUUAGGGGCCGGGGAGAAAAUGCAAUAACUCAACAAAAACAUGUUUUCUGUGCAACAUUUCCAAAUGACAUCCGUUUGACCAGUUGUAAGGAAAUAGAAAGCUGUGAAAAAAACGAUCGAACGUGUUGCUGAUAAGAUUUCAGUUUGGAUUGGAUGCAUAUUUUAUGUGGUUGAAAUACUAUCAGCUUUUAUGAUGCUGAUAAAGACAGCACCUCUACAGACGGUAUCUAACUGCGCAUUUGUAUUCUCUCAAGAUGCUGAAAGAAAUAAAUCAAUUUUCUCCACUCCUGUUCCAGAGUCCAUUUUGCCUACAUUUGGGGUGUAAUUUUAAUGCAAGAAAUGCGUAAUUCUGCAGGAGUUCAUAUUAAAGGGAAACUUCACAGCUAGUGUUUUCCCAGUCUCCCUACCUCAUCCUUAUGAGUGAUGAGAGGGCGUUUCAGACAUAAUUAUGCACUAUUUUUGCACCGGGAGAUGCCAUUGAUUGAUUGAGCAUGCUGUCUGAUCUAAAAAUGAAUAGUCAUGUUUUUUUUUUAGCAAUUAUUGUGACCUUUGUGUUUUGCCAAUUGCACAAUCAUACUAGUGGAUAUGGCUGUCCUUGUUCAAUAGAACCAUUUGACUAGUCUCAACGAUGUUUUCUAUCUGCCAGGACAUUGCAGCAUACCUAGGUUGACGCUAGCUAGCUAACGUGUCUGAGAUGUCUUGGAGUAACUACACCUGUGUGUUGUAGCUAGCUAGCUAACGUGUGUGUGUGAUGUCUUGGAGUAACUACACCUGUGUGUUGUAGCUAGCUAGCUAACGUGUCUGUGUGAUGUCUUGGAGUAACUACACCUGUGUGUUGUAGCUAGCUAGCUAACGUGUCUGAGAUGUCUUGGAGUAACUACACCUGUGUGUUGUAGCUAGCUAGCUAACGUGUCUGUGUGUGAGAUGUCUCAUUCUGCACCAUGCUGCUACAGUAGUAAUACUGCACCACCCAAACACACCAUAUGCCACUAUUACCUUUGCAGAACUUCAGGAUUUAUUAUAAGCAUUAAUAGUAUAUGUUUCUUCUACUGUAUAAAUACUGAGUGGACAAAACAUUAAGAACGCCUGCUCUUUCCAUGACACAGACUGACCAGGUGAAAGCUAUGAUCCCUUAUUGAUGUCACUUGUUAAAUCCACUUCAAUCAGUAUAGAUGAAAGGGAGGAGACCGGUUUAAGAAGGGUGCGCGCACAACUCGAUAUUAGGAAGGGGUUCCUAAUGUUUGGUAUACUCGGUGUAUGUCAAUACAUUGCCAUAACUGUUCCCGCAUACUGCUGUGUAAACUCACCUCGGUCUCCAGAGCAAAUAAACGUUGUCUUGAAGACAAGCCAUGUCUACUUAUUUGCUAUAUUGACAGACUAAUCUGCUGUUUUGAAACAUAUUUACUUGCCAACAAAUUAGUUUAAAUGAUACACCAACUCCCUGCAUCAUUUGUUUUAGCAGUACAGCUGAAGCUAGUUUAUCCAAAUGCAUUUCAUGAAUAUCACAAUGAAUUGAUCCAGUAGAUGAAGUCAACACUCUAUUGGUUUCUGAUGCAGCUGGAAUCAUUUAGUCACUUGUCAGGACACUUAAAAAAAGAGAGAAAAAACAGCAUUAUAUACAUACUGUACAACAGCUGGCAAUAUCUAUAGCACAAUGCAGCUUUGUUCAUUCUAUAUUAUACUACAACAUCAGUCUAACUGAAUAUGGAUGUUGUGUUGGUUGAAUGUUCCAGAAUGUUCUUCAGCUGGUGAACCUCUUGUAUUGGGUAAUGGCAGCUGGUUUAGCUGACAAGCACUGCCAACAAUAGUGACUAGGCUAGAAGAGUACACUGACAGCCCCUCUCCCCCAAUGCCAAAGAACUGACUGCAAGGGGGUGGAAAAGUUUGAGGAGCACUUGUCUUGUAGACAGUUUAGUGUAUUGGGGAUCUUUGUUUUCUCCAGGGUAUUGUGCCUUUAUAAAUACCUUUUUGGCUGGCUGUCCUGGCUUGUUUCAAAGUCAGAUGUUGUGCUUGAGGCUUAUUCCAGGCUGAAAGCUUUCAUCCAAUGGGUCUACAGGCUCUGUCCUGCUGAAGCUGGUGUCCAGGUCAUCGUCCUCAGCAGCAGGAUUAGUCUGUAGGCCAUACAGUAGUCAGUGAUUAUCCAACAUCUUACUACUCUGUCCCCAUCAAUACACACUCUAACAAGGUACUAUAUCCACCCCUCCUCUCAUGUCAAUACAUCUGACUAACCUUCACACACUAUACCCACCCUCACCAGACACCAGUCAGCAGACACCAGUCAGCAGACACCAGUCAGCAGACACCAGUCAGCAGUCACCCACACCAUCCCCUCCAUAUUAAUACCUCAUCUUCUCUUCAAGGCUUACACCAACAACCAGCUAAGCCUCCAUAACACAGAGAGAACUACAGUAGAGGUUGUAGCCUACUUGUUAACACACCAACCAUGACAACCAGACACGGACCAUGUUUAAACACACCAACCAUGACAACCAGACACGGACCAUGUUUAAACACACCAACUAUGACAACCAGACACGGACCAUGUUUAAACACACCAACUAUGACAACCAGACACGGACCAUGUUUAAACACACCAACCAUGACAACCAGACACGGACCAUGUUUAAACACACCAACCAUGACAACCAGACACGGACCAUGUUUAAACACACCAACCAUGACAACCAGACACGGACCAUGUUUAAACACACCAACCAUGACAACCAGACACGGACCAUGUUUAGGCCGAACUCCAGUAUAUUUAUUAGCUCAUGGAGUCAGGGAAAGAUUUAGUACAUUUUAGUAAGAUGUUACAUUUAGAUUUUAACUGCUUCUCUAGCAGAUUAGUAAGAUUGUCUCACACCAUGUUCGAGAACGGCCUUUUUCCCUUUAUUCAGAUUACAACCUCUCACUUUCGGUUAUUUGAAAAUGAAAUAAUCUCCAAAAAUCACUAUUUUUAAAACAAGCCAUAGAAACUUGGUAGCAAUUUCAGUUUAAUCCACCAGAAACGACAGAACAAAUAAUACAACAAAUAUUGUGGUUAAACUCAAAUAUACUAAUUGAUUAAAAAAUGUAUAAUUUUUUUAGAUUUUUUUUUAAAAAGGGUAUAAUCUUUGUAAAUGAUAUCAUAAAUAGGACUGGUGGAGUUAUGUCAACCACCCCAGCCCUACAGAUUUAGCUGCGAAGAGGCAAUCAUUAGGUCAUUUGUUUCCAUCUGUAGCUUGUUUUUGGUCGCAGGUCCAGGAAUGGUUGAAGAAGUGCAACAUUUACCUGGAGCUGACUCUGCAGAUAGCACUGCUGGGGGAUUUGAAAAGUCAUAGUCAAUCGAUCAAUAAUACAAUAAUACUUUUAGCAAAAAUGUUUAAUUUAUCUGUAGAAACAAUGAGAAAAUAAAGUUUUAAGAACUUUUGUGAAACAUCACAGUUGAAAAAUAUAUGGCAAAUAUAAAUACUAAAUGGAUGGUGUUAAGAGAUGGAUGGGAGGGGUUGAGUGGAGCUGAAGGGUGGGAUUAAAAACAAGAUAACUAAUGUAACUCUGUCAGCAAAAUGUAUAUACAGUGCCUUCGGAAAGUAUUCUGACCCCUUUUGACUUUUUUCAUAUUUUGCUACGUUACAGCCUUAUUCUAAAAUUGAUUUAAUUGUUUUUUCCUCAUCAAUCUACGCACACUACCCCAUAAUGACAAGGGAAAAAACGUUUUUUAGACAUUUUUGCAAAUGUAUUAAAAAUAAAAAAAACUGAAAUAUUACAUUUACAUAUGUAUUCAGACCCUUUACGCAGUACUUUGUUGAAGCAUCUUUGGCAGCGAUUAUAGCAGUCUUCUUGGGUAUGACACUACAAGCUUGGCACACCUGUAUUUGGGGAGUUUCUCCCAUUCUUCUCUGCAGAUCCUCUCAAGCUCUGUCAGGUUGGAUGGGGAGCAUCGCUGCACAGCUAUUUUCAGGUCUCUCCAGAGAUGUUCGAUCGGGUUCAAGUCCAGGCUCUGGCUCGGCCACUCAAUAUUAUGCUACCCUCUGCCUAUUGGCUACUUGGCUUAUUCAAACCUGUCUCAAAAUACAACACUGCACCUUUAAGACAAAAAGCAUCUCUUUACCUGACUGGCUUUUCAAAGAUGUCUAGAAAUGUACACGUUUUCUUGUAGGAAGCAACCACUCCCCUAUUGCUGACUAUAAAUGAUCUAUAACUGGGCUAAUAACUCACUAACUAGCAAAGGAUCUGAACAAAAUGUGCACACGUGGCUACAUGCAGCUCUCUCUUUGAUCUCAAAACAAGCGCAUCUACUCACGACCGCUCAUGCUGUAAACACAGUCCAGUUGAAAGUAAAUCGCACAGAUCCAUAUAUGGCAAUGGUCUAUUUGCAUAUAGGCCUACUGCAGCUCUGAUUGGUUAUGCUGCACAGGUCGGUGUAGAGUACGGAUAAUGCGCAAUAGAAUCCUACUCCGAUGUGUUCUGCCUACAACAAAAUCUCUUGCAUAGUUUGUUUAGUUUCAGUAUGUUGCAUGUGGCUAACAUUGCGUUGAUUCGAUCACAAUUGCCACAGUAAAGGGAAACGUUUACUAACAGGGAAAACUCUAGAAAGUUGAGUGAAGUUCAAUCUGUGCUUCUCUCAGUGAGCUGAUAUUUCUUCUAUAAGGCACAGCUUAGAGGGAACGUUGGUCUUCACCAGGAGAGAGCUUCUCCUGCUGCACUCCCUCUUUGAUUCUGUGAAAGUCCAGCUGAAACUGUUUGGGGUUGCCCUGUACCAAUACAAAUCCAACUCUAAAUCUAUAUUUUUGUAAAAACAUGCUGAAAAAUUCAGAAGCUCAUCUGAAUUGUGAUCUCUCUCUCUCUCUCUCUCACUCACACACACACACACACACACACACACACACACACACACACACACACACACACACCCAGAGGCUUCAGAGGAACAGAGCAGUGGUGCAGGAUCAGGAGGAGUGUUUGGUGGUGACACCUGGCCGGGUGUGUGAGGGGACAGAGAACAGCGGGGAGGUCCCCUCCCGUACACCAAGACGCACCCCCGUCCGUUCCACCACACUUAUCCCCACAACAACCCCCAGACGCACCCCCAGAGCCACCGCGCCCAAACGCAGGGGAAGUCCUGAGGUGACAGGGGUGAAGAAUGGGGGAGGGAGGAGGCAGCUGGUUCGGAUGGCUGCACUACGAAGCCCCUUCGCCUCUCCCAACACUCAGAGCCUCAGACGGUGAGCACACACCCCCACACAUACACACACUCCCCACCCCCACACAUACACACACAUCCACACACACAUACAGUACACACACAUCCCCAUACACAUCCCCACAUACAUACACACACAUACACACACACAUACAGUACACACACAUCCCCACAUACACAUAAAUACACACAUCUCCACAUAAAUACACACACAUCCCCACACACACACACACACAUACCUCCACAUCCCCACAUCCCCCCCCCACCCCCCCACACCCCCCCUCCCAAUAAUGAAACUGAAUUGACCCCCACCCUGCCCAGAACAGAGUGUGUGAUUGACUGGUGUGUCCUGCUCUCUGAUUGGUCCUGUGUGUGAUUGACAGGAAGUUUGGCCGGGACCUGGAGAGUGUGUCCAGCGGUCUCAGGAAGCUGAAACGUCUGUCCCACGCCUUUGAUGAUGUCAUAGAGAGAGACGACCGGUGA